AUGCCUUCUCCCAGCUGGCUGGCCUGCUCCGAAUGCUCGUGCGCCUACAGCGCCCACCUCUACGCCUCGGCGAUCGAGCCUCGAGGCUCCCAACCACCUCCAAUCGCCACCUGCAGCCCAGCAUCUCGAGCUGCACGGUCCGAGUCCGUUCGGAGACCCGUGGGAGUUCCGUCCCCGCGCGAGCGCCCGGACGCGUCACGCGCUGAGUCGCUCGCUCAACGUGUCGACCUCGCCCCUCCACCCUUCUCGCGCCCCGACUCUCCCGCUGCCCUCCGAACCACUCCCGCGGGCAGCCUGCAACAUGAGUACCGAGCCGAGCGAACUCUUCGCUCGCUCGGUACAAGUGGCUGCCUCGCCGCCAACGGCUCAAGGCCAGAGGUCGAGCAACCGCGCGUCCGUCCUCUGCGCGACAGCAAGACCGACACGUCGAUGCGCACGCCAAGGCCCCGACAGGAGGUGCCACCCAUGGUGCGGCCGACCAACGCGCAGCCCGCCUGCAAGCCCAACGACCAGGCCAUCCCGACGCGCGUGAGGGCAAGCACGCAGGCCUCGCAGACAAACAGCGCGUCUCGCGCCUGCAAGCCAGCUCCGCUAGACGCGUCGACGCGCGCAGCCAAUCACACGGAGGAUGCGCAGACCUGCGCUCGAACGCAGCACUGCGAUGGAACAAGCAAGGAGGCCGACGGGAGAGUCAGGACGACUCUGAUGAGUACACCCUUCCGUCCCCCAUCGUCCUCUCCUCUCCUCCCUCGCAUUGCGCCUCCACACCCGCAUUCCACGCCUCCACCAGCUAACACCGUGCCGACUUCCUCGCUCUGCGUCUGCCUGCUCGCUUCACGGUCCUCGAGGUCUGGACUCUCCGCCAGUACCUCGCUGUCCCCUUUGCACUUUGGUUCUCUCACUGCCCACGACUCCACCCGCACGGGCGACCCUCCAGACAACUCAAGGCCCGAAGCCGUGCAACCUCGCGCUCGACCUCAGCGUGAUGGCGAGUCCGACGCGCCAACGCGUACGCCAAAGCACCGACUGGGAGCCCAGUCCACAGCGUGGACGUCCGAUGCACCCAUGCAUCCAUCCGUGUCACGCCCGCACCCUACGCAUCUGGCCUCGUCCCACUCGCCUCCGUCCCCAAUCCCGUCCGACUCGCCGCCGUUUGCACCCCCGCGCCCUGUCAGCCCUCCCCGGUUCGACUCGUGCCUCAGCGACCCCACGGCCUUCAAGAUCGCUCGUGCAGACGGCCUGCAGGGCAAAGAACGGGUCGUGCGGAUCUGUGUCUUACACGUUCCGAACGUUAAAACCGGAGUGAGAUUUGCCCGUUUCGAACGUGGCGGCCGGCGCCGGCCGGAGGGGUCCGGGUCCACGUUGCAGAUGUGGAGGUUGCAGAUGUGGACGUUGCCAGUGAUCCGGCCGGAGAUCAUGCCAGCCGGUUCAGCCUUGUCCCCAAUGUUGCGGCCGGCCCUGCCCUCCUCAAAUACCACCUCCAAUGUUGCGGCCGGGCUGUUUUCACCAGACGUUGCAACGCUCCGGCCGGAGCGCGUGCCAGCCCACCCCCCACUGCUCAACGCUCCGGCCGGAGUGCAUGCCAGCCCCGCCCCCCCUCCUCAAUGUUGCGGCCAGCCUGUUUUCACCAGACGUUGCAACGCUCCGGCCGGACUACACCCCGGCCGCCCCCCCCCACUUCUGAAUGAUCCGCCGGCCUCUUUCACCCAACGUUGCAAUGCUCCGGCCGGAGGACUUUUUGCCGGCCGAAAACACAAUGUCUUGGGCCGAGGGUACAGCCAAAACUCGGCCAAAGCAGCCAGACAUUUUGCCGGCCAAGCUUUUGCUUCACCGACCAGGCAAGCAUUGUCUCGGGCCAAAAAGUUGACCAUUUUCUCGGGCCGAAGAUUUGAGUACUGCCUCGGGCCGAAGAGUUGGGCAUUUUCUCGGGCCGAAGAUUUGGCCGAAGCUCGGUGA